CAACUGUGAAAUAGUGCUAAUCCUUUGCUUCCAUCUUGAUGUUGAAAGGAAGGAUACUGACAGCUAAAUUGCUGCCUUUAUACUGAAAAAGAGUGCCAUAAAGUGGGGAUGUCAAGGGUCCCUACUCCUUCACCAUCUGGAGAGAUGUCCAGUGGACCUGUGGCUGAAAGCUGGUGUUACACACAGGUUAAAGUUGUAAAGUUUUCUUAUAUGUGGACCAUUAAUAACUUCAGUUUCUGCCGAGAAGAAAUGGGUGAAGUUUUAAAGAGUUCAACUUUUUCUUCAGGGCCAAAUGAUAAAAUGAAAUGGUGCCUGAGAGUAAACCCAAAAGGUUUAGAUGAUGAAAGCAAAGAUUAUCUUUCAUUGUAUUUACUGCUAGUUAGUUGUCCAAAAAGUGAAGUGAGAGCAAAAUUUAAAUUUUCUCUCUUAAAUGCUAAAAGAGAAGAAACAAAGGCAAUGGAGAGCCAAAGAGCAUAUCGAUUUGUUCAAGGCAAGGACUGGGGUUUUAAAAAAUUCAUUCGAAGAGACUUUUUACUUGAGGAAACUAAUGGUCUUUUACCAGAUGAUAAACUUACGCUAUUUUGUGAGGUAAGCGUGGUCCAAGACUCAGUAAAUAUAUCAGGACUGUCCAGUACAAACACCUUAAAAGUACCCGAAUGUCGACUAGCUGAAGAUUUAGGCAACCUCUGGGAAACCUCAAGAUUCACAGAUUGCAGCUUUUAUAUAGGAGGGCAAGAGUUCAAAGCUCAUAAAUCUAUCCUUGCAGCUCGUUCACCUGUGUUUAAUGCCAUGUUUGAACAUGAAAUGGAGGAAAGCAAAAAGAAUUGCGUAGAAAUAAAUGAUGUAGAUCCUGACGUAUUUAAAGAGAUGAUGAGAUUCAUUUAUACAGGCAAGGCUCCAAAUCUUGACAAAAUGGCUGACAGCUUGUUGGCAGCAGCAGAUAAAUAUGCACUUGAACGGCUGAAGAUCAUGUGUGAAGAAGCUCUGUGUAGUAACCUCUCAGUAGAAAAUGUGGCAGACAUUCUGAUUCUCGCAGAUUUGCACAGUGCAGAACAGUUGAAAGCACAAGCAAUAGAUUUCAUUAACAGGUGCAGUGUUCUUAGACAGCUUGGCUGUAAAGAUGGAAAAAACUGGAACAACAGCCAAGCCACAGACAUAACGGAAACCGCAGGAUGGAAAUCGAUGAUCCACUCCCAUCCCCACUUAGUUGCUGAGGCCUUUCGGGCCCUAGCCUCUGCACAGUGUCCGCAGUUUGGCAUUCCGCGCAAACGGCUAAAACAGUCAUGAAAUCUUCCAUGAACUCUCGGGAACUAAUGCCUCCUCGGCCAUAUCCAGAAGGGGUUUUUGCAAACCAUCUGCUCGAAUAUGUGACCCUUCUCUGCAGAACAGAACCAGAAAGCUUUUAAAGAACGGAUAAAUAUAUGGUUUAAUAAUCAGCUUUAAAUCAGACUGAUAAUUCUCCAGUUCACUGAAAGGCCUUAACGUCAACUAUUCUAGUUCAUUUGUGAUUUUCCUGUUUUUUUGUUUUUUAAAUGGUGCCUUGUCGUUUUUGACUCGGCUUUGUAGGAUUGCACUAGCUCCAUAAGGCAGUAAUGCUGAUCAACGAAAAGUGUUUUCAAAAGAAUCUUCUUCUCCUUUCCUUUUUUUUAAAAAAAAAUCCCAAAUGAAGAUUAUCAGUUGGUCUUAUGGUAACUGGAUUUCAACUAGCCCCCUGUUAAAAGCACUUGAACUGGGGGCAAACAUACGCUCCAGUCCAAAAUAUUGUAUUUAGGAUGCAUCUGCCUAUCUUCAGAGAGUGCUGUCAGGCAUGCGGUGGCAAUAUACUACUCUGAAUAUAAUUUAUUUUUCAUUGGUUCAGGUGACUGAGGGAAAUAUGCAAUGUCUUGGCUCAGAAAUGUAUUUUACUAGUAUUUAUAAAUGCUUACUAUGUGAGUGUGCCCAUCAGUGAAAAAAAAUAUAUAGGUU